AUGUCGUUCCGCCGCGUGUCGGUGAUUUUAGCGUCGGCCCCGCGGCCACUCACGUUGCUGCUGCAAAUCGGACUGCGCGAUAUUCCGAAGGGCGUGCAGAGCCCCGUCAAAGGCCCUUGUCUCGAUGUCCGUGCUCCCAACCAGACUCUGGAGGCAGGAAUUCUUCGAAGACGUGCGGAUUUCGUUCUUCUCGUUCUUCGUGUGGUUCUUCCAGAACCUUGGGCAAUUCCUGCCCGACGAGGGCAAUGCCCAGAGCUUCGCCACGCAGUCGUUUAUUGCGUCGUUCCCCGAAUCGGAGCGGCCGUUCGCGGAGGAGUUCUGCCACACGCAGCUCUUCGAGGGUUUGUUGCAGACGUUGGAGCGAGAAUUGGCGGGAAAGGAGCCGCGAAGCGAAGAAGAGCGGGAGACGUGCGAGUUGAUGGGUCUGGCGCGGGAAUGCGCGGCGUUGGCGAAGGAAAAGGGCGGAAUUGAGUCGGAGGAGGGGAUGCGCGCGGUGCGAGAGCGAUUGGUGCCGAAGAAUUGGAAGCUGAAGAGUGUGGCGCUGCCCGGAAUGAAGGAAUCGCUGCCCGAGAGCGUGCUGGAUCGCGUGCUGCUGCGGAGCUCAACGGAGUUUCCGCGGCUGGAUAAGGAGUGCUUGAGUGGGGAAGUGCCUCGCUUUGAGAUUUAGUUGUG